UAAUUAUUGUAAUACAGAUUCGUGUCAACCAAAGAGAAAAUAAGCGUUAAAAUCACUUUAAAAUUACUUUAAAAUUAUGUGUAUUUUAUUCAUAAAAACAGUAGAAAAUGCAAAUUGUGGUGAAUAUAAGUUAGUUUUGGUCAAUAUUCGCGAUGAAUACUACGCCCGACCCACGAAACCGGUCUCCUUUUGGGACAAUCGCAACACUCGUAUAAUCGGUGGUCAAGACAUGGAUAAGGGCAGGGAAGGCGGGGCGUGGCUCGCGAUGAAUACAAACGGCAAAAUCGCUUCUUUGUUAAACAUUCUUCAGCCAAAGGAUGAGAUCAGUGCCGAUAAGAAGGGUCGAGGGUUUCUUGUGGUCGACUAUUUGGAAGGCAAUGAUUCGCCGAAAACAUAUUUGGAUCAAAUCAGCAAAGAUUCUUCAGAUUAUAACGGUUUCCGAAUGAUUGCCAUUCAUUUAAAGUCACAAUCAAUAGAGAUGUCCACGUAUUCUAACUUUGAUCUUAAAACAAUGCAAUUAAAUCCAGGAGUACACGCUUUCGGUAACAAUAAAAUGGAUCAAAAACUUUGGCCAAAAGUCCGAAUUGGAAAACAGAAAUUCGAAGAAAUAGUCGAUAAACACAAGAAUACAACUUCUAAAUCACAACUAAUUGAUGACAUUUUUGACUUCCUAUCAGACAAAUCGAUUUAUCCUUUGGACGAUCAGAUGAGAAGUCAAGGAAGAGAUAAAUCCAAAUCAUUAGAAAAACUGAAUGCUAUUCAUGUAGUGAUACCUGAGAACAAUUACGGCAGCAGAACGUGGACUAUAAUACUGGUCGAUAAUAAUUUAAAUGUGGAUUAUAUCGAGAAAACAAUGAAAGAGCCCAUCGAUGCGUCCAAAGACAUUGAAUGGAUAACGAAUUCGCAUACUUUUAAAAUCACUUAAUUUAUAUUAAUUCAUAUUUUUUAUAAAAGUUUAAAAUAUAAAUAUAUUUAUCAGAAGUAAAUAAGAAUUUAGACAUAAUAUGUUAGACGAGAAAAUAUUUAUAUAAAAUAAAAGUGAUAUUUAAAUAAUUGAA